CUUUCCUCCUUCCGCCCUUCAUUGCUUUCUCCGGUGCAAUGGCAUCAGGCCUGACGAGGUUGCUGCUGCGAGGUCCCCGUUGCUUCUUGGCAACGUCCGGCCCCACUCUCGCCCCGCCGGUUCGGGGAGUGAAGAAGGGAAUUCGCGCCGCUUUGCGGUUUCAGAAGGAGUUAGAGCGGUGGCGCCUGCUCCGGUGCCCGCCGCCGCCGGUGCGCCGUUCGGAGAAACCCAACUGGGAUUACCAUGCCGAAAUACAAGCAUUUGGCCCUCGGUUACAGGAAACUUUUUCGUUAGAUCUUCUCAAAACUGCAUUUGUUAAUAGCUGCUAUAUUAAAAGCGAGGAGGCCAAACGCCAAAAACUCGGAAUAGAGAAGGAAGCUGUUCUUCUGAACCUCAAAGAUAAUCAAGAACUCUCUGAACAAGGGACAUCUUUUUCACAGACAUGCCUGACGCAGUUUUUUGAGGAUGCGUUCCCAGACUUGCCCAUGGAAGGCACUAAAAGUCUGGUUGACUAUCUCACCAGUGAGGACGUGGUGUGUCAUGUGGCCAGAAACUUAGCGGUGGAGCAACUGACGCUGAGCGCCGACUUCCCUGUCCCCCCAGCUGUGUUACUGCAGACUUUCUUUGCCGUAAUUGGAGCCUUGCUACAGAGCAGCGGACCCGAGAGGACUGCACUCUUCAUCAGGGACUUCUUAAUUACUCAAAUGACGGGAAAAGAACUCUUUGAGAUUUGGAAGAUAAUAAAUCCCAUGGGGCUACUGGUACAAGAACUGAAGAAAAGGAAUAUUUCACUUCCUGAAUCUAGACUCACUAGGCAGUCUGGAAGCACCACAGCUUUGCCUCUGUAUUUUGUUGGCUUAUACUGUGAUAAAAAGCUGAUUGCAGAAGGCCCUGGGGAGACAGUACUGGUUGCAGAAGAAGAAGCUGCUCGAGUGGCACUUAGGAAACUUUACGGGUUCACUGAGAAUCGCCGGCCCUGGGACUACUGUAGGCCCAAAGAGCCUGUGAGAGCAGAAAAGACCAUUGCUGCCAGCUAGCCAGCCAGAGACGCGCAGCCUGAAACUUGUGAGCAAAAUAGCGAGACGAACAAACAUCAAAAGAUGAUCCAAGCUGGACAUUUUUUAAAUUGUAAAGAAAUGUGUCUUAUUCUUCAUACUGAGUUCCUAAAAUUGAACAAGUAUUUAUCAGGUCACUUCUUGUAGUUUCUUUUUAGUCAUUUUUGUUCUGUCAAAAAUCUUUUGAUCUUUUGGUAUUUUCCUGAUAAAUUUUAACUCAAAUUCUUGAUCUUAUUAUUGUAUUUAACUUGUACAGUUAGGUAUAUUUUAUUCCCUUCUGACUUUGAGGUAUCAUAAUUUGAAUGUAUGUUUUACAUGAAGUUUGCUGGAAUGCCAAUUAAAAAAGUUAUUCUUCUUGUAUUUCAUUGUAGCUUAAUUUGAUAUACCCAGAUUAGUGAACUCUGCCUCUCUAGUACAGUUUUAGCUAAAAUAGUUAUAACUUUUAACCUUUAGAAAUGUCAGGUGCUGAUUAUAACAAUUAGGCAUUUACGAUAACUUAGGUGGCGACUACCGAGCCUGUGUUCCUAGAGCCUGUGGUCCAUGGUAAGAGAAGCCUAGGUUUAAAAUUCUGUAUGCAAGUUAAUUUCAUAGCUAUUUAAUUUCCAUAAAAUGAAUGGCGGGGAUGUACAUUUUAUGCUUUUAAAAUAAAACAUGAAAAUCAAAA